UAUUGUUUUACUUGUGAUGUUUUUAUCAUUGAAAGAUAUCUGAUUUGGAGAAAUUAGCAAACAGUUUAGAGGGAUUUGAAUGAUUUUAGUUCUAGUUUAUAGCCAAUAAGCUUAAUCUUUUGUUUAGAAAAAACGUGGAAACUAUACUUUCAAAUUGGUCUUCUGAAAUCUCCAAUGACAGUAAAAUUAGCUUUUUUUACGGUAAUGUCCAAUGCUAAGCUUCUGUUGUGAAUAAAAUAUUGAAUAAUCUUACUGAGAUAGCGUCUUUUAAUGUUUCCACGAACAUGUAUGCUACUGGAAAAGUAGCUUUCGAAGAUAAGACAGUAUAUGCUUUAGUGCAGUGUACAAGAGAUUUAUCAGCCAAUGAUUGCAGUAAGUGUCUGCAAAGUGCUAUUGGAGAUAUACCAGGUUGUUGCUAUGCCUCCAUUGGUGCACGAGUUUGGAGUCGUAGCUGUUAUUUAAGAUAUGAGUUUUAUCCAUUUUAUCUCGGUGAAACAGAAUCCACAAGUUCUUCAACUAACCAAGGAGGGAAAAAUAAAUCAAGCAAAAUAUGGAUGAUUACUGCUAUUGCAGUUGGGGUAGUCUUGGUGAUAAUAAUUAUCAUUUUCUACUUAUGCUUUAUCAGAAAUUGGCAAAGAAAGAACGGACAAGGUAAUAUAUCUAAUGAUUUCCCUUUUAUUGAUAUUGGUUCUCUUUGCGUGGCUACCAAAAACUUCUCCGAUUCAAAUAAGCUCGGGCAAGGUGGAUUUGGUCCUGUUUACAAGGGUAUACUUAGUGAUGGCAUGGAAGUGGCAAUCAAGAGGCUCUCAACUUGUUCUGAGCAGGGUUCAGAAGAAUUCAUUAAUGAGGUUAUGUUGAUAUUGAAACUUCAACACAAAAAUCUUGUAAAGCUUCUAGGAUUUUGUGUCGAUGGAGAAGAGAAGCUUCUUGUUUAUGAAUAUUUGCCCAAUGGUAGCCUUGAUGUCGUCCUUUUUGAGAAAAGUGCACAUCUUGAUUGGACCAAACGAGUUGAUAUAAUAAAUGGAAUAGCAAGAGGCGUUCUCUAUCUUCAUGAAGAUUCUAGACUUCAAAUAAUACAUAGAGAUCUAAAAGCAAGUAACAUAUUGUUGGACUGUGACAUGAAUCCAAAGAUUUCUGUUACUCCAAAAGCACUUCUAGUCUACUACUCAAUGUUAAAGCUCAAUGAUGUCUCGUAUGCUUUAAGUGCAACGAGUAGGUACCAAUCUGAUCCUGGUGAUGCCCAUUGGGUAGCUGUCAAGAAUAUCCUUAAGUAUUUGAGAAGGACUAAGGACUCAUUCUUGAUAUAUGGAGGUCAAGAAGAGUUGGCUAUAAUUGGAUACACCGAUGCUACCUUCCAGACAGAUAAGGAUGACUUUAGAUCACAAUCUGGUUAUGUGUUUUGCUUAAACGGUGGCGUUGUGAGCUGGAAAAGUUCAAAGCAAGAUACAGUCGUUGAUUCUACAAUCAAGGCCGAGUAUAUUGUUGCCUCAAGUGUAGAAAAGGAAGCCGUUUGGAUCAAAAAGUUCAUUAGUGAACUUGACAUAGUUCCUAGAAUUAUGGAUCCCAUUGGUCUCUAUUGUGAUAACAAUGGUGCUAUCGCACAAGCUAAGGAGCCUAGAUCUCACCAACGAUCCAAACACAUACUUAGGCGUUAUCACCUCAUUCGAGAGAUAAUAGAUAGAGGAGAUGUGAAAAUAUGCAGAGUACCCACACUUGACAAUAUUGCUGACCCACUGACAAAGCCUCUUGCGCAGCAG